AUGGAGGUUGGGCAGGUCAGGAGACGAAGGCCUGCUCGGCUCAAGUCAGCCUCGCGAGACAGAGUUUUUUAUCCAAGCAAACGUCACCGGUCGUUUCCGGAUCGAGACGAUGUGACACAAUCAAGGGAGAAACAAAACGUGGACCCAACCAUGAGGCUAGCUGGAGCUCCGUCAGACCAAAGCAAAGGGCUGCGAAACAGCCGAAAAUGCGAGUCAGGGCCCCGGGGUCGUCAUGGCCGUCAUCAUCAAUUGAGUUGUCAUCGGUUGUCACCGCAUGCGCGUCUCGGCGGGAGCGCAGCAAAUCAGCAGCGCGCGCCAGGCUGUCUCGUCUCACAAGACGCACAAGACGAUGUGCGUCUAUUGGCGCCCCCUUAG